CAUAGCGUCCUUUUCUAAAUAAAUAUAGGAAAGCAUUAAAUCACAUGUACACCAAAAUUCUCAUAAACCAAAAUGAUCGAGAGGUACAAGAAGGCACACGCCGUUGGCUCUUCCUCUGGCCCCCCACUAUUUGGUUACUGUUGGGAACAGAAAAUUAUUCCAACUAUUUGCUUUAUCUGUUGAAGCAAUUCUACCAGCAAGAAUCCGCAAAACUGCGCAACCAGAUCUAGAUGCUGCAAAACACUAACAUGUAGAGUUCUGAUGUAAGUAACUAUGAGUUCGUGAUGGCUAGGUUGUUUAUUUGUCAGACUCUGAUUGCUGAUUUCUUGUUUCAGAGUGAGCUGCUGGCUGCCGAGAUCAAUUACAUGGCCAAAAGGGAGAAUGAGCUUCAGAAUGACCACAUGAACCUCAGGACCAAGGACCCAAGAACAUGCCCUACAGGCCACCGACCAGAAGAUCAACCUGCAGGACACCAAGAACAUGCCCUACAGGCCGCUCAAGUGCCAGUCCUGCUGCCCAGGAUUCUUCUGCCCAGGACCACUAAAUUCUUGGCAAUUUUAAAUCGCCUAAUCUAUCGCACAGCGGCAUCCAAGAACAAUAAAGAACAGGGAAUGAGCUACUGGGCUUCAGAUCUGAUGAUCCAUUAGUAUGGAACAGUCCGAGGUAAGGAUUCUGCGUCAUUAGAAAUGUAACUCAGCAGAUUGUGAAUGCAAGAAGCAGACUCAAAGUCCCAGAUCAUCUGUUUAGAUGCGCCUCAGCCAUGCAAAAACUUGGAUGAGUUGGGCAGAUUGUUUAGAUGCGCCUCAUCCAUUAGUACGGAACAAUCUGUAGUGACAGUUUAGAUGGCUGCUAAUUUUUAAUA